AUGGCUCUUGAGCUGUUGGGAUCCAUAUUGCUUGAGGAGUCCUACCUGCAGCUCUGCAAUGGUGGGUACCUCGUGGGAUCUGGAUCUUACAUCAACAGCAGUGAUCAUGAAGCCCUAAACUCGAAGAGAAUGGAGACAACGGGGAUGUUUGGCUUCGCAGAGAGGGACGAGGAGACCGCAUUUCUGGCACUGCUCAAUGCUCUUGACGCAGCUCCUGACAAGGUGGAGAAGCGGCAGGGGGAGUUUGAGAGGCUGCGAGCAGCAGCUCUAGAUUGCAUGAAGCAGAUGCUGGACUUGCUCAUGCGCAGUGAUGGAGUGCUGGCAGCUGUGACGCCCUUGCAGAAACUCUUGGUUGAUGACAUGAAGGGAUCUAGUGCUGGCAGCCUCUGUCCCGGCCAGGCUGCGUCUCCUGUCACCCCUGCGCACAGUGCCCCAAGCACUCCGAGAGGGAAACUUCCAGCCACCCAUCAGGUUCUCACUGCAGCCUUGCAAAGCAACGACGAAGAGUUCAUUGGCGCUGCAUUUGAGAGCUUGCAGGUCCUAGCAGAAGCUCUGAUAUCGAGCAAGCUUGUAGCUGGCUCAGAGCCCAGGAAGAUUGCGUUGAGCAAUCCCAUCCUAGUCAUGCUGCGCAAGAAGAACCUUUCAGUGAAGAAGGUGCUGAUGCUCUACUGUACCAAGAUUUUGGAGAUUCCUGGCAUUUUCACGAAUGCCGAAUGCCAAGAGACGAGCGUCAGCGCAGUCCUGCAUGUGUUUGCCCAGUCUGCCAUGACCACAGCAAGCCAUCAUCCCCAAGACAAGAGUCCCGUGCCAGUGAUGCAUCUGCAGGCCUUGCUGAAGAGCCUGAAACACCACUUCCGAGCCACUGCGGAUCUUGCAUUCAGCAGGCAGAGCACCAAGGGAGAUCAGGGCAGUGCAGGUGUCAGACAGCAGGGCAGCGCUGCCACAUUCACAUUCUCUCUGGUAGCGCACAGCCUGGGCUACCACCUAGCAAACACAGAGGAGUUUGAGGACAGCCCCGAUGCAGCAGGCUCUGCCCUGCAGGACGCAUGCGGCGCCCUGCUGCUGCCCAUCAGCCACUGGGCAGGCCUGGCCAGCAGGGUGGCUUCUGAGGCCACUGCCGCUGUGCAGAACACCUCCUGCACUGGCAACAAGGACGCCAAGUCUGUCCUAGCAGGAAAUUCCGAGGAGGGGGUCUGCGAUCUCACCGACUCGCCGCCCCGCGCAGAGGCAGCCGCAGAUGCAGCCGUCACACCUGAGAACAGCCGUCCCUCGGGCGGCGGCGGCGCUGAGAGGGGUCCUGGGAGCGAGGCUGGAGGAGCGCUGCUGGAGAAUGAGGCGGCUGACAUUGAGCAGGCAUGGCAGGCGCUGCUCGAUGGCAUGCUGGCUGUGGCCGCGCGGAAGCGCUCCUUCAAGAAGGAGUACUGCGGCGACACUGCCCGGCGCAUCACGGGCAUCGCCGACAGGCUGCCGGUCAACCAUACCGCUCUUGCCUGCCUGCAGCUGGCUUCCUGUGCUGCCCACGCACUCACCCGCCAGGGGUGGAGGGAAUCGCAGGUGCAGAAGUCGCUUCCUGGGAAACACGCCGUGGAUUCUGCACAGCUCCGGCGGGAGCGGCUUGAUGUGCUGAGGAUGCUGGGGGUGUUGCUGCAGCAGCUGCUAAAACACAUAGAGCGGGACGCAUCUCUGGCAGCUGCAUGCGCGGCGCAGGUGAUCAAAGCCCUUGCAGGGCUGCUCCGCCACGCAUGGGAGGACUUCAAGGUCCUGGACAUGUUAAAGCUGCUCGAGCCCUUGGGCGCUUGGCUGAAGGAGACCGGAUCCUCAACAGCUGCCGAUCUCGGCGGAGCACUUCGCAGCUGCUGGGGUGAGAUGCUGUCGGCAGUGGCAGUUCAAGAGCAGCCCCAGAAGUCUCUCGCGGUGGCGCUGGCGCACCGGCCAGCCUACGCGAAGGACAUGCUGCGGCCGCUGUGCAACGGCUUCACACAUGAUUGCGCGCAGAUCCGAGCAGCCAGCCUGGAGCUCUGGCAGAACCCCAAGAUCCAGUGCGCCCUUGGCAAACACCUUGCAGGCUUGCCGCCUUUUGUGAAUGAGUCGCUGGCGCGCGCCCAAGAGCUGGGCUUUGCGUCGCAGCCCAGUCAGCCAGCAGCGAAGCAGCAGCCCCACAAGGCUCCCCGGGCGCUCCUCAAACAGGCAGAGCCUCCAACCGUUGCUGCGCCUCAGGCCAAAGACCCGCAGCAGGAGCCUCCCACCACUGUUGCGCCUCCUGCUGAGGACCCGCAGCAGGGGCCCGACGCACCGGACGCGCCUGCACCUGUGGCGGAGCCCAAGAAGAGGCCUUCUAAUCGCCUGUUCCAGGACACCCAGACGGAGUAUGUGCGCAUAGAGAGCGCCGGCAAGCGCCACCGCAAGAACCUGCUUACUGACCACCAGAGGGAGGUUGCCGCCCGCCACCGCUUAGGCGUCGGGCGGGAGGGGGUGACCACAUUCACCCGGCUGGACAUCUCUCAGGACGCCUUCUCUCUGAUCAAUAACUCCAACACCCUGGACUCUGUGGGGAACACCUGCUCCGCGGCAGCUGAUGGUGGCAAGGGAGGGCCCACCGUUGGUCACUGUCAUGGUUCCGAGGAAGCUGCAAAUGUCAACGAUAGCAGUGUCAUGGAGCCUGUCAACGGGCACGCCGAGACUUCCGAAGCGCAGCUGCAAGCCAGCGAAGGCGCAGUGCACCCAUCAGGUGCAGCUGACCAGGCUGGCCUGAGGGCUUCGUCUUCGCAAGCACCCAUGGAUAUGGAAGCGCAGGAAGAAGCAGCCAAGCAGGAUGCCACUGCCAAUCAGCGAGGCAGCAAGUCUCUGCAGGAAGCCCCAGUCGCCGGCCAGGAUAUUACACAGAGCAGCAGCCAGCAGGAGCGUGCGCAGUCGCCAGGCACCGCCGCAGCAGUCUCCCCACGAGGCGCGCAGGCAACAGGCAUCAGUCAGCAGCAGGGCCAGAGCCCUGUCCAGAGCACUCCACAUGCAAGUGUGGCGGUUGCGGAGAGCGAGCGCGGCACGGAUACGUCGCAGAAGCUGUCCAAGGGCAAGGAGAACAGCGGGAGGGCGCGCCGCCUGCCGCAUGACCAGCGGCAGCAGCAGCACUGGAGGAAGAGGAGAAAGGCGGCCCAGCCAGUAGACCAGGCCCUGCCGGCAGCAACGGAGCCGCCAGGGAUGCACACCUCUGCUGCUGCGGAGACACUCCAGGAAGAUGUGUCCCCAGAUGCGCAGCAGCCAGGGAGCGAUGCUGCGGUCCCUGCAGCAGCGGCGGGUAGCAGUGUGGAGCAUGUGACGGCACCUGCGCAGCCUGUGGAACAGCCAGGGACACAGCAGGAGCAGCAGCAGCAGCCGGGAAGCAGCGCGGCGCAGAUGCAGUGCUCGGACAGCGCUCAACAUGGACCCGACAGUGCAAAUUGCAUGGGAGCCGGCGAUGGCAUCUCAGGAGUGCCAGCAGAGGCGCAGACGGAUCAUGAUGCGGCCUGUGCGGAUGACAUGAUGCAGAGCACAGUGCCAGACUCCGACCAUGAGGGAGGUGCAGAGCCAGAAGCAGGCCCUGCCGGGGCGCCCCCGGUGGAAGAGACUCCCGCCGCGCCUCUACCCAUGUCAGAGGCUGAUGUGCAGGAGCUGCAGCUGACAGGGUUGACGCAGCAGCUGGGUCAAACGGCCAAGCUGGACAAGUGGACAGUGAAGCACACGUUACACCGGAUGGAGCGCAUGCUAGCUGAGUCACUCAAGGACCUUGAGAGCACCGUGCAAUCUGUCAUGCCAGAUAUCAAGUCCGUCGAGGCCGGGGAGCGGAUUGGCUUGCUACAGCAGCUUGAUAAGCUGCAGCAGGCACUCAUCAAAGGAGCUGGAAAACUUGGGGACGUGCGAAGUCAGCUCUACACUGACUGA